AUGGGUAAGCGGAAGUCAAAGAGGAAGCCACCACCAAAGGUGAAACCAAUUGUUCCCCUAGAGACACAAUUUAACUGUCCAUUUUGUAACCACGAACAUGUUUGCGAAGUAAAGAUGGAUCGUGAAAGGAACGUUGGGUUUAUCUCUUGCAGGGUUUGUCUGGAAGACUUCCAGACUCCAAUAAAUUAUCUUUCCGAACCGAUUGAUGUGUAUUCGGACUGGAUUGAUGCCUGUGAGCAAGCGAAUCAGUGA